AUGGACGCGCUCCUGUCGCGAUGCGCGCGCGCGGACGGCGAGAGGAUCGACCCGUCGCUGUCGCCCGCGCCGAGCACGCUCGCGGAGGACGGCCGAGGCGUGCUGUACGCCCUCGGCGCGGACGGCGUCACGCGCGCGGCGGCGGCGCGGCACGUCAACGCCGCGUUCCGCGCGCGCGAUGGCGACGGCGCUCACGACGACGACGACGAAGACGACGACGACGCGAGCGCGUUCUUGAGGGAGUCCGUCCGCGAGUACGCUCCAGACCCUCCGCUGGAUUUCGAACCGCGCACGAUCGCCGUCUCCCCGUCCGGGCACUUCGCCGCGAUCGGCGGCCUGAGACACGCGCUGCGCGCCGCCGGCGACGCCCAAACCGACCCCAUCCCCCCGUCCUCCGCGCUGUCCGUCGUCACCCUGCGCGCGGCGACGACGCUCGAGCGCCGCGACGCCGGAGACCCGGGCUGCCGCGUCGUCUCGCUGCUCGUCGACCGGUUCGCGUCGCACGCGAGCGUUCGCGUGUUGAGAGCGAGUUGGCACCCGAGAAGCGAUUCGCAUCUCGUCGUCCUCCUCAGCGACGGCACGCUGCACGUGUUCGACGCCGCGGCCGGGUGCGAGAUCGAGCAGGCGUUCCGUUUAGACCCGUGGGGACGCGGGCCGGCGCCGGGGCCGUUCCCGCUCCGCCCGGAGAUUGUCGACUUUGACUUCGCGCCGCCGCACGGAUGGGGCGCGCUGUCGCUGAUUCUCCUCGGACGCGAGGGCGACGUCUACACGCUGUGCCCGUUCGCGCCGUACGGGGCGAGGUACCCGCGCGUGACGCUCGAGAGCUUGCAGUGCGACGACGCGAACUCCGAGGCGUGGUUGGAGGGGAUGUUCCCGACGCUUCGAAGGACGCGGCGAAGAAGGCGGCGCGGCGGGCCGCCAUUUCCGCCGCCGCGCGGGUCCGGGUCCGUGUCCGGGUCCGGCGGCGAGUCCGGCGGCGCGUCGGCGUCGGACGACGGCGACGGCGACGACGGCGACGACGCGUCGGACCCGGACGUCGACGACGACGCCGCGGACUCGGACGACGACGGCCGAGGCGGCGAGGAGACGUACGGCGACGCCGCCGGGGACGGGUGGACGGGGAGGACCGUCUCCGCGAAGAGGGCGACGCUCCAGGGCGUCGCCGCGGCGCUUCGCGGUCCACUGCCGCUGGGCACCGGACCGUGCGAAGGCGACGACGACGACGGCGGCGGCGGCGGCGGCGGCGGGAUGCUCGGACGCGGCGUCGUCGCGCGGUCGCUCGCGGCGGCGCCGUUCGCCGCGGGCGAAGGCGGCGGCGCGCUGCUCGCGGUGGCGCACCAACGCGCGGCUUCGGCGUCGACGUCGACGUCCGCGGCCGGACGCGUCUCCGCGACGCUCGACAUCCUCAUCCUGCCCUCGGAGCCCGCGCCCGGGUGGGCGGCGACGAACCCCGACGACGACGCCGCCGCGAUCGAAGAGGCGACGCUCUCGGGCGGGCCGCCGACGGCGCUGACGCCCGUGGUGACGGAUUACGACGAGUCGUCGCUCCCGCCGCUCCUCGCGAUCGACCGCGUGCAGCUCGUUUCCGGCGAGUCCACGAUGCGUUCGCACGCGUCGCGAAUUGCGGCGGCGGCGAACGAGCUCGCGCCGUUCGUGCGCGCGUCCUGGGACCCGGCGUGCCGCGAACGCGUGUACUGCGCCGCGGGCGGCGCGGUGCACUCGGUCACGCUGACGUGGUUACACGCGGUCGAGGGCGCCGUGGACGACGAGUCCGCGGGCGGCGACGGCGGCGGUAAUGGCGGCGGGGAGCUCUCGCUGCCGAUCGUGUCGACGCUCGUGGACGGCGAGGACGCGCUGCUCGGCGUCGCCGCCGUCGGCGACCCGCUCGCGGAGGGCUUGCUCGUCGCCGUCGACGCGCGCGGCGCGAGUAAAGGGCUGCACCCGCCGCCGCCGCUCCCCGUCGGCGUGGACGACGCGGAUGGUGCGACGAAGAGAGAGGACGCGAAUGCGGCCGCGAGGGCGAGGGCGACGAGGGCGGCCGCGGAGGCGAGCGCGGAGCUGAGGGCGCUCGCGGCGGGACCGGGGGGAGGGCCGUUCGCGCCGCCCGCGGACGCCGCGGGUCUCAAGCCGGGGACGGUGGAGGGCAACGCCGCGCUCGCGACCGCGGCCGCGGGGCUGAAGGAGCGGCAUCUGCGAUACGCGCACAGAGUGCACGCGGCGACGCGGCGGCAUACUGUUCGUCUCGCCGCGGAGAUCAAGCGGCAGCGCGCGGAGGCGGCAGCGGUGCGAGAGGGACUCGAGGCGAUCGCGGCGCGCAGGGAAAACUUGGCGGAGCAGCUGGAGCAGGCCCGGGAGAAGCACGAGGAGAUCCGCGCGAGGCUGCGCGCGCUGACGAAAGCGGAGCGGAACCUCCCGCACCCGCUGACGCGCGCGGAGAAGGCGUUCGCGACGACGCUCAACGCGGCCGGGGAGGACCUGCCGCUGCUCCAGGCGAAGCUCGAGGAGCUCAGACGACGCGCGGACGCGGUGGGGGAUUUGUUCCCGCCGAGGCGCCCGCCGCUCGACGCGGGAGCGGCGGACUCGCUGAGGAGAUCGCGAGGCAAGACGCGGACAUCAAGAAGAACUUGGACAUGA